UCGAUGCUGCGAUCUGUGGUACCUUAUGAGCACUUUAUUGAGCUGGCUCUUACUGUUUCCUGGAGUCUGACAAAAAAUGAUGUGUUAAGUUGCAAAGAUCAGAGCGGCUCUGAUCUGUUUCAAAUUUAACUAAAGAAACUGUGGUCUUUAACAGGUGGCAGCUGCUCUCACUGAAGGCGUAGAAGAAUAUAAAUACAUCUUGAUAAAAAUAAGUUUCACAAUCACAUGUGCAAGUGUAAUAUUCUAUCACCCAUUAUGAUUAUGAACCAAAUCAAAUAUGAACAUCUGUUAUUUUGUUUUGUUUUAAUAGCUUCAGAGAUACUUCUGUGCAGGAACACAAGAGGGUGUUUGCACACAGAAAACAGAUCAACUUGUGAGACAAUCUUUCAUAUUUCCAGCUACAUGUGUCUGUCCUAACAAGCAAAAAAUCCUUUCAUGAUUGAUCGAACACUUGUUACCAUGAAUCAUAAAGGUGUGUGCAGCUGCUGAGCCUCAGAGCUUAAGAGUCCUUAAAUUGGGUAUUGUUACUGGUUUAAAAAAAAAAAAGAAACAGCUCAUUUGCUGUCUCGGCGUCAGAUGUGACUUGAAUAAGGCAGUAAUCACUCACCAGACACUUAAAAUGUGUCGUGUGUCUCCGGGCGAGCUGCUCGGUGCAGCCGUGGCUCUUUAUUAUCAUGCAGAGAGCAGAGUGUGAAGCGGCCUGCAUCUGCCCAGCUUGUUUACCGCUGUGCAGAGACGACAAAGCACAGAGUGUUUGAACAGCAGGCGUCUAUUCAGAGCUGCUGUUGCCUCUAUGUACACUCAGCUCACUGAGAGCCUUGCGGGCCGACAUCACCCUCACCCCUUGCUUAUUUUUGGAGGCUGUCUUCCUAUAAUUAAUGGUAAAGUGGCAGCACACCAGAAAAUGGAGGCCCACUGGUACCAAUGGUAGGUUAAAGGCUUUUGGAAUUCGCUACGUAAACAUACAAACACCAACAAACCAUAUCUGAUCUAAUAAACCAAAUGUUCCAGGUUAGAUGUGACAGUUUAGUAUAGGCAGUUAUGCAAGACGAACAUCACAGUGAGGAGAAAAGCCAAGACUUUGGGUCAGAUUUUUUUAAUAGAAGCCUUUCUCCAAUAGCGUUGAGAGUAUGAUAUGAUCUUCAUCCUGUCUAGUUAUUCAUCAUCGGCCAUGCCAUGCAGUUCCCUGUGCUUUAACAAACUACACCCACAGACAUACAUGGUCACGUUCGCCGUUUAGGUUGUUAUUGUGAUUCAGUUGGAAACGAAAAAGCAUGUAACUAUAGCAAUAAAUACCAGAGCACACUCUGCCCUCUGGUGCAGGAGAAAUGAAACAGAACAGGACUAGAUGUUUAUGCAACCAUAGGGAGGUCUGCGUCAAACUGAGGGUGUAGAUAGGCUUUAUCAGUCUGUUGUGUUUUUAAAUCAUCAUUGAUCUUGAAAUACUUAUUUUUCUUUUUUUUUUUUUUAAUUAAUUUAUCAUAUUCUUAAUUAUAUUAAUGCAUUUAUUAAUGGACCUGUUACCUACUACUAUCAUUUUUUCUGCCACACAUCUAUUGAUUCAUACUUAUAAUUGUAAUGUUAAAUAGCUUUCCUUUAUCAUUUAACAAUAUAUAUUAUUAUUGAGUACACUCAUAAUAACACGGAAUUACAUACCAAAAAAAUCUAAAAUUGUUGCUUCUUGAAGUAUGCGUGAUUCUUGUGAAGGAUGAAGCCAAAAUUCUUUCUCUGUCUCCUUUAAUGUCUUGAUGAAUCGCAUCAAUUGUUUCAAAUUCCUCAGCACAACAUUCGUCAUCUAUGUGACUGAAUUCUUCUUCUCUUCUAUCCCCAGUCAGGCUUCGACCUAAGAUUCUGCUUGUGUUGGUUUGCAGAGUGCUCCUUACACAAGUGUGCUGCAAUGCAUUAUAGGAACUGUGUGACGUGGGUGCUUUACAGCAGUUAUUAAUAGACAUUUGGAAAUGCUUCCCCACGCCAAAUAUAUAAGUUUGGGGGCCCAGAUGUGGCCCACCGGUAAAUAAGUAAGUAAGUAAAUUUGAGGGAUUAUGAGUCAGCAUCUUCAAGUGAGGAUCUAAUGGUAUCCACUCGUUCCACAGUGAGAUGAACAUGUGGCCACAUUGAGCAAACUGCUCUGCACCAACUUCUGCUCUUUUAAUCGCAGCGCGACCUACUUUCGAGUCCAAUUGAAUAAAAUCUACAUUUCUAGUGGUUCUUUUUACAGCUGUAAGUCACCGGAGACGUCUUAUUAAAUGUGGAUUAUUCUCAUCUGUGCAUGCUGAGAGGAGUCUAGGAAUUUUCCUUCAAGGCUACAACUACUUUACUGUGCUCGAUUCCAGAGCAUCCACCAGAGAUAGACAAGGGUGCUGAGGCUUGGAAGUGAUUUAUUGAAUUUCAGGCAGGGUUUUUAUGUGGAUUUAUACUUAAAUUAAACCGUGGGUGAGUUGACUCAUCUCCUAGCUUGUUCUUUUAAAUGAUUGUCAAACAUCUAUAUUCAACUCUGGGAGCUUGGACGGAGCCAUACUGUACAAUGAGUUUCCUCCUUCCAGGUUUGGCUGUAGGUGUCCAGAAAGGAUCCUUGCAAGAUGUUGAAUAAAGAUCUCAAAUGGCAGUCACAUGUCUAUUGAGACCCAUGUUCCUUUCUUGGUGCUAGUGUUUAGUCGAGACAGAGACAAAAGUCCGAGAACAAGACUUUGAGACGUGACCAAGAACGAAACCACAAUACAGCUCUAUUAAAAACCACAAUACAGCUCUACAAGUCUAUCAAGUCACAUAAACACUCAUUUAUCUGUCACUGCAAAGAAAUGGUGGUAGUUUUUUUCUAAAUGAAUCAAUAAGUGAAAUGCUUUCUUGGAACAAAAUCGCAGCUUGCUCUGUAUUCAUUUUAGUGUCGAUCUCGACUACAAUCCUACUUAAUGCUACAGUCUUCCAUUCAGUAUUUCGGAGACAAAAGAUGGAAUCAGUCUGUCUCAGUUCAGAGGCUCCUGAAGGUUAACUUUUGUCAUCACCUCAAUCCAACCUUCACAUGCUUCUGUUUAUUGUUUUGUUUCGUGUGUCUGUGUUUUGAGGGAUGAUCAAUAUUCAACAGCCGUAUAGUAGAACCAUUAUAGAGCUUUAUUCUGUGUAACAGAUCACAAAGGAACGGCCUUCUCGUCCUGACAUGACCGACCCAAAGCUUCUUUCUCAGUAAAACCUGAGAAAUGUGAUCAUUUGUUGUUGUUUUUUUCUGUAAUUACUUUCAUCAUUCAUUUUACAUUGAAAAAUAUGUGAAACAUCCUGAACAUUAUCAUGAAUAUGAUCAAGUUAAUGUAAGAAGUGCAGUUCAACUGUUUUGCAAAAGAUUAUUUGUAACUGAAACACCAUUAAUCUAUGAAAUAAAACUUGUCUCUUGGAACAGAUUUGGGCAAACUGAGGCCUGGGGGCCACAUGCGGCCCUUUGCUUACAUUUGCGUAACCCUCAAAGAAAAGCUUAGAGGGAAACUGCCUGGUCAUAAAGCAAUACUUACUGUAUACGUCUGUAUACUGCAACAUCCCAACAGUUUGUACUCUUUUGUGAUUCAUCACUUACUUGCCGUUUAUCAUUCCCACGGUUUUCAGCAAUUGUCCAUCAGAUUUGUGUACUCACAAAUCUCACCUUCAACAACAUUUCUGAGUGCUCCCUGUCCCAGUAGGGAAUAUAAGCUAAAACAUUUUUGUCUGAAAAUGUUUAAUGUAGGUAGUUCGACUGGUACAACAGACCUUUCCAUCAUCACAGAGUGGCUGAAUGAUAAGCUUAUCCUUAUUCUCCAGCUCCACAGUGAGAUCCACAUAUUGACGUUAAAAUCCUCUUCAACCAGACGGCCUCAUAAACCCUCACUCAUCACUGUGGUGUUAACCGUGUUUCACCGAGCAGAGCUCAAAUAUAAAUUGAGUUCUGUCUCCGUGGUAACAAAGUCCUCAGAUUAAGAGGGCGGCUGUUUCAUUUUAACCAGGAGUGAAAACGUAACUAACUUUGAUAUGUUUUUUUUCAUGACCUUGUUUUCAGAAGGUAAAUAAGCUGAUGGGAAUCUGAUGCUGAAAAGGUUGCAUCCCUUCUUCGUAAAACCGAUCAAGAGCUUCAAUGGGCAUCUAUCAUUUUCCUGAAUCAUGUGCCGGCCCUCCUCAUCAGUCCUUCAAUUUGCGGGUGUUCCACUUGUGCGUGGACCAUAGGACUCCUCCCUAGAGAUGCCUCGGUCCAGAGAGAAAGCUCUCAAUUAUAACUUCAGCUCAUCGACGGUCCACCGAUGCUAAUGAAGCAGAGCAGAGCACGUGGCGUUAAUGUUCUCAAGUGACCCAGUCCUACUGUGGGAACAUUCAUCAUCUGCCUCAUGACAUGACUGACCCACUCUAAGCUGAGAGAAAGUGGUCCUCUGCUGCCAAAUUCUGCCUCUCUUUCUCCACCUCGCACACGGUCAAUAAAAGAAAGACACCUUAGCAGUCAGGAGAAAAGACACUCGAUUCUAUUGCAUGUCUGGUGUGAUGCUGGUGUAGACACAUCAUUCCUUGGUUACAACAUAAGCUAGCUGAUGACUGGAAUCCUUAUAGUUGUCUUUAUUGGUCAAGUGAUAGACAGGCAACCUGGUGUCGGUGCAGAUUUUAGUUCCAGCCAUGAUAAGCAGCAUCAGAUCAGCUGAUCACAGUCUCCAAAACAACAAAAACCUGCACACACACACCUGCCUGUUUGCGCCGCCCCUUCCUAAGGAAGACGCAUGGCAUGCGGCGCACCAUAGAGUGGGCUCCAGACAGUCAAACUAGCGAGUCAUUCUGGGUGGAAUGCAGUCUUUACAUCUGACAGACUCUCUGCUUGGCCUCUCAGUGGAACUGAUAAACAAAUUAGGGGAGAAACUGCUCAUUUGGAGCUCCCACAGGAGUCUUUGCCGUCUUCGGAACCACCUCUCUUAUGCUGAUUAUGUUCACAUCUCUUUUAACUUUUAAAUUAAUUCACUGGCACAGAUUAAGUGGGAGGCUGCCGGGGCCAGGAGUAAAUGUUCUUUUUAGUUAGGGAUGAGAUGCGUGGAAUAAACACCGGAAACAUUGCAACUAUUUCUGAAAAUAAGUGGGCAGAUCAUAUAUCAGUGUACCGUUGUUUGUGGGUUCAGAUGGUCGGCUGGUGUCUGUAUGUAUGUUUUGGGAGUGUCCUACACAGUCACGGAGAGAACAUUGACUGUUUACAAUUUGGAUAUUGGAAAAACAUAAGCUGUUUUUCCUCCCAGAAAACAUUUAAUAUUUACAUUGAAACAAUGUUUUUUUCUUUAACCAAAUGAUUUAGACUUUUUGAAGUAUGGCAUUUGAGUCUUUUCAUCAGCGGAAUUUCUCCUCUUGUCCAUAGCGCGUCAGAUACAUUCGCCUUUUUUCCACAUUUUUGCCUUAACAUUAGAUACAUUUUACACACAACAUGUCUUCUUUUUACAGAAUGACUGUCACCACAUCAAGUCAGCAUUGAACUUUUAUUUGUAUCUUUUCUCACAGUAUAUUGAUUGAUUGAUUGAUAAGUAAUAUUGUGACUGUUUUACAUCACUAGUUCACAUAAUUUGACAUCAUUGUUCGUCUCUGUGCCCCUUUUUUUUUCCCAAAUCAAGUCACGAUGAGUGUGUUGUUUGAUGUGGGAUUGAAAUCAACUUCUACUACUGCUACUACUAUUCAGAUGUUCUUUGUUUGGAUAUUUUUUUUGCGAUUAGUUGCUGCUCUUAUCGGCGCACAUAAUGUUUUUUUCCUUCUUUUUUCCAACAGUGUGAUGAUAGGAUAACUUUUUAUCACCACAAGUUUUACCAUUUCUGCCUUAAUGAUUUUUUUUAAAUGUUUGUUGCUUUAAAAUAGCAUAACAUAUUUUUUUUUUCUAAUUUUACUUAAUUGUAUUUAUUUUACUUCUUUGUCUUCAUAUUUAUACAUUAUGACGUAACAUAAAUUUACACAAUAUGCUUAUUUUUUGUAUUAAUGUGUUUGGCUUUUCUUUUUCUGAUUAUUUUGAGUGAUCUGUUUACAUUCAACUUUUUAGUUGGUAGAGUUUUCAUCACUCUUUGGCAUUUUUCCUUACUAUAUCAUAAGGUUUGAGUUAAUGUAUGUGGUUGUCUCACAUGUUUCAAAUAUUUUUUUCUUAUUUAUUUCCCUUUAUUUAAGUUUUUCAUUUCUUACCUUGUUUUGUAUUGUAGUAUGAUCUCCCCGCUCUCUUGAAGUGUAAUCCAGUGAGGUGAGGAACAGAGUAAUAAGAUUGCGAGAAGUCUUUUUAUACUCAUAAAUAAACCUGCUCCGAUAUUGUUGCCUUAAUGAUACGGAAUGUGAUUAUGAUCUGAGGUGAGAUCUGGGAGAUAUUAGGUGUUCUCGUGGGCUGCAGCGAAACUGGAAUAAUAAAACGACCAUGUGAGCAGAUAUAAAUGACUUGACUUGGAUCUAAUCUCCUCCCCCUCCUCCUCAGUUGCUGCCUCCCUCCUCCCUCUCUCUUGUCCUCAUGCUCAGAUGAGGCACCAGCAUCAGUGUGGAGAGAGCAGCCUCAGCAGCAAGAUCCAGCCCAGAAUAACUGAGCAACAUGGUCGUGGUGAGAAUCCUCGUCUGCCUCUUCCUGCUGGUGGGCUUCUCGUGGCAGGUGGACGUGAAAAGUGGGAAAGACGCCCAAAAAGCUGGGAAUUUCAUGGAAGACGAGCAGUGGCUAUCAACUAUCUCCCAGUACAGUCGGAAGAUGAAGCACUGGAAUCGCUUCAGAGAUGAUGACUACAUCAAAAAUACUGAUGAGGGCGCCGCCUCUGACGAAGCGGCGGACACCACCAAGGACCCCUGCGUGAACGUGAAGUGCAGCCGCCAUAAGGUGUGCGUCGCUCAGGGCUACCAGAGGGCCAUGUGUGUGAGCCGCAAGAAAAUAGAGCACAGAGUCAGGCAGUCGGAGGAAGUGCGUGAAAGCAGCUGUAAAGCCUGUCCCCUGGCUGCGUCCUCCCCGGUGUGUGGCUCCGACGGACACAACUACGCCUCUCAGUGUAAGCUGGAGCAGCAGGCCUGCCUCACAGGGAAGGACAUCAGCAUCCUCUGCAGUGGAUUUUGUCCCUGUUCCACUGGCCCCGUUAGCGCCACCAACAGUGAAACAAAACGUGGCAACUGCACCGGCCAGGACCUGGCAGACCUAGGGGACCGGCUGAGAGAUUGGUUCCAACUCCUUCAUGUCAAUGGGAAGCAGAACAACUCUGGAAAGUCUGGAAUGGCAACCACUUCAGUGCUGGACAGGAGUCUGGUGGCCAGCUGUAAGGACUCCAUCGGCUGGAUGUUCUCCAAACUGGACACCAACAACGACCUGUAUCUGGACCAGGCUGAGCUGAUCGCCAUCAACCUGGACAAGUACGAGAUCUGCAUCCGACCAUUUUUCAACUCCUGCGACACCUACAAGGACGGCAAGGUGUCAACGGCGGAGUGGUGCCUCUGCUUUUGGAGGGAAAAGCCACCGUGCCUCACCGAGCUGGAGAGGAUCCAAGUGCAGGAGGUGGCGAAAAAGAAGCCCGGCAUGUACGUCCCCAGCUGUGAUGAGGAUGGCUACUACAGGAAAGUGCAGUGUGACCUGAGUCGAGGAGAGUGCUGGUGUGCUGAUCAUCUCGGUGAAGAGAUGCCGGGCACUCGGAUCCAUGGCAACCCCGACUGUGAUGAAGUGGCAGGUUACUCGGGCGAUUUUGGGAGCAGUGUGGGAUGGGAGGAUGAAGAGGAGAAGGAGGAGAACGAGGAGGAGGCAGAGGAGGAAGAAGAGGAAGAGGAGGAAGGCGAAGCUGAUGACGGCGGUUACAUCUGGUAGAACUGUUGCUGGGGAUUUCAUAACAUGCCAGGUUGACUCUUCAUCUUGAUGGAUUUUGGGGGGAAUUGUUAUUUAUGGUUCUGGCAAGAUGAUGUCAUAGGUCAUUGCGUCGUUCACCUGUCUUUUUGCUGACGACAGCUUUUCCAUUCCACACUCACCACUGCUAGUCUGUUAAAGGCACCGUAAGGUGUCGGCCAUGUGACUUACUAACAUUUGGUGAAACGACUCCUGCGCUCACACUUUGGGAGUGUCAUCAGUUUUUGGAUUCUGCUCGAAGUUGUGCGUUUAGUUGGAACCAAAGACAACUGCAUCUGCAUCACAACAUCACUGGGCAACGUCGAUUUUGGUUUUAUAGCAGUUAACGCUUUUACAAAUGUGCUGCAGCAACAAAGAGAAACAUGUCAGAGCACUGGGGGGAUGCAGCAUUAUAUUAAAAAUAUUGAUAUAUAUGUGUCAAAAUAUGUAAUAUUAAAGAUAUCACUUCUUGAAUUUUCCUUUUUUAUUUUAAUACUUUUUUUCAUUUUUGUUUUCAUCAAGUAGCAUUUUUUUUCCAUUACAUAGUGCGACCACACGUGUCCAUACAUUUAAAAUAACAAAAAUACAACGAUAUUAAAUAAUGACGAAUAUAAAGAUUUAAAUUGAAUGUAGUAUUAAAUGUUAGAGGGGUAAUAAUAUCGACACGCUUUUCUUUAAUGACACAGUUCAUGUAUAUAUUUUUUUAAAUAUUAAUAGUGUAAUUCUCACAAUAGCAAGCCGCUGGAUGUGUUAAUAUUAGCGUGUUUUUUUUGUUUUUUUUUUACAGUAAACAAACCUGAAUGAUGCAGUAUUGUAAUAAUAAUCUUAUUAAAUUAAAAAGUAAAAUCCAAAUAAUUCCAAAAAAUUCAGUGCAUUUAGUUUGUUUUAAGAAUUUGUAGCGAAUACGAGGAUGCUGAAGUGGCACAGAAUUUUAGCCAUUAAUAUACUUGCUACUGUUUGAGCCCUUCUUAACAAAAUUUUAUUUGUAUGAAUAAAGGUGAGGAACUAAAAUGAACAACUAAAACCAUAGCUAAUAUGAGACCAAUGGUCUCCUUUAUAUGUGCUUAUGUUACGACUUGAAUCGCUGAAUUUCAGAAGAGUUAUAAAAGAACAUUUUGUAUUCACAUGAAUUAAAUGUGAAGAUUUAAAUAGGUACUUACCAUAGAGCAAUUGAAAGAUAUAAAGAGAAUGAAAAGUGAAGGAUGGAUGACAGACCACCACCAAGGAUUAAUUCCAGCACACUAUCCCAAACCAUUAUCAGAAAACGUGCCAUGAAUUGUCAUGAAGCUUGUUGUUCUUUCUUAUCAUGAAUUGAAAAAAAAAGUUGCCAGAUCGUACUUUAACAAAAAUGACCUUGUCAGUAGAAGCCACUAGUCGCUACGCUAACAUUGUGUACAGCUCAUUUGUUUCUAAUCUGCUUCUCUGAUAGUGUCUUUUGUGUUUAUGUAAAGAAAGUGUGCGUUACUUGAAGUUCCGUGUGAAUACUUGAAGUUAACUUUGUAGUUGCCAGAUCUUCGUUCCUGCUGACGUCUUUGGUUUUGCAUGUGAAGAAUGUCAUUCUAGGCCGAGCACUUUACUAAUAAAGGCAUUGGAGCCAAAAACCGUGGAGGAUUCUUUGUGUUCCGUUAACGAAAACAAAUUGUCUUGUUGCUGUGA